UCUUCCUUUCCUCUCCUUCUUCCUUCAGCCUGUCCGUCUACCGCUCUCUGUUCACCUUACUCUUGACAUUGUCUUACCCGCAUUCCUUUUCUGCUGUUCGAUGCCCACCUCAUCACGCUCAUCAUUGCCCGAACAGCUGGACACGCCCCUAGACUUGGCUCCCUUGACAGACGAGUCCCUGCAGGCUCUCCGCAAUCUCGCCUCGCACGUCCCCCAUUCAUCCACCGAACCAUGUCCAGAGUCCGUGCCCGCUUUCAGGAGGGCAGCCGUAUUGUUGGGAAUCUUCGGUAGCAGAAAAGGGGAGCUGUAUGUCGUUCUCUCCGAGCGGUCUUCAAAGCUCAGAUCACACGGUGGUGACACUGCUAUACCAGGAGGGAGAUUUGAAGUGACAGAUGCAGACCUCGAGGCAACAGCGCGGCGCGAGGCAUGGGAAGAGGUCGGUCUGCCAAUCAACUUCAAGAAGGUGCGCAAGUUGUGCGAACUACAGCCCUUUCUGUCGGCCAACGAACUCGUAGUAACCCCGAUCGUCGUACUGCUGCUGGACCCUAUGAUCAAGCCGCACCUGAAUCCGCAAGAAGUGUCGCGGAUAUUCUCACUCCCACUAAAAGCAUUUCUGCAGCACAGUCCAGAUGCUGAUCUACGCUUAGCCCUGAGACUGGGCGCUCCACCUAGCGAAGAGGAGGAAGCCACUUCUGCCGCGAUGCCAUGGUCUGAAGUGUCGGGCCCAUCCGACUGGCACACAUGCAGGGACGUGAGAUGGUUCGACAAGCGGUGCAGGAGACAUACAUUCUGGGAUCGACGGAACCCUGUACGAGGCUUGACAAGGUGAAUCAGUCCGAAAGAGAUUUCAUCCCACGUCAGGUAUCACGAGAUUGGCUGACAAAGUCCGCCUCGAUUCAUCUAUUUGCCUUUCCUGCAGCGACAUCCUAAUUCACUGCGCCUCCCUCGCCUACUCGCGUACGCCAAGCUUCUCCCUGGUUGCACCCGGGCAGCCGAGUAAUGCUGAGCUGAUCACGAUGGCCUUUACUGGGCCACAGGCAAUCAAGAAGCGCAGAGUGCGGCCUCGUAUGACCCUGCUGGAGCUGCAGCAGCCGCGGGACGACGAUGAGAGGAGGGGCGAGUUCGGGACCGAGGAAGCGAGCGACAAGGCGAAAUUGUAAGAGGCAAGGCAGCGAGGCGUACAAAGGCAGAAGGGGAAAGGGUCCUUGAUCGAUCGCCGGAGUAGUGAUACCCACAAUGUCUCCAUCAUGCUUUCCAUCCGAGAUGCUACUGAUCGAAGUCCUUCCCUAUGCGAG